CAUGUGUAUAAAAGCGGGAGCAUUUUCAUGUUUAGGGUUUAUCGCAGCUAGGGUUCUGAAACCCUUCUAGAUUCAUCGCGAAACCCUCUUUCUGUCGUCGUCGCCGGAGAUUUUCAGUAUCCGAUCUGACCGGAUAGCAGGUCACCGGAAACAAUGGCUUUAGCUUUCGAUGAAUUCGGAAGGCCGUUCAUAAUACUAAGGGAGCAAGAACAGAAAACCAGAUUAAGAGGCCUCGAUGCUCAAAAGGCCAACAUUUCCGCCGGAAAAGCUGUUGCGCGUAUCCUGCGUACCUCAUUGGGUCCUAAAGGCAUGGAUAAGAUGCUUCAGAGCCCCGACGGCGAUGUCACCAUCACAAAUGAUGGUGCAACCAUUUUGGAGCAGAUGGAUGUUGACAAUCAGAUUGCGAAGUUGAUGGUUGAGUUGUCACGAAGUCAAGAUUACGAAAUUGGUGAUGGAACCACUGGAGUUGUUGUCAUGGCUGGGGCACUUCUAGAACAAGCUGAGAAGUUGUUAGAACGUGGUAUUCAUCCUAUACGGGUUGCAGAAGGGUAUGAAAUGGCUUCAAGGAUUGCAGUUGAGCAUUUGGAGUGCGUAGCAAACAAGUUUGAAUUCGGUCUGAAUGAUGUUGAGCCUUUGAUUCAAACCUGCAUGACUACUUUGUCAUCCAAGAUUGUGAAUAGAUGCAAGCGUAGUAUGGCGGAAAUUGCUGUUAAAGCAGUUCUAGCAGUUGCUGAUUUGGAGAGGAAGGAUGUAAACCUGGACUUAAUUAAAGUCGAAGGAAAAGUUGGUGGAAAGUUAGAGGACACAGAGCUAAUUUAUGGUAUUGUAGUUGACAAAGAUAUGAGUCAUCCACAGAUGCCAAAGCAAAUUGAGGAUGCCAAAAUUGCGAUUCUGACAUGUCCUUUUGAGCCUCCAAAGCCAAAGACCAAACAUAAGGUUGACAUUGAUUCUGUGGAAAAGUUUCAAACUUUACGCCAACAAGAGCAGAAGUAUUUUGAUGACAUGGUUCAGAAAUGCAAGGAUGUUGGUGCCACAUUAGUUAUCUGCCAGUGGGGUUUUGAUGAUGAAGCAAAUCACUUAUUAAUGCAUAGAAAUUUGCCUGCUGUUAGAUGGGUAGGUGGUGUGGAAUUGGAGCUGAUAGCAAUUGCCACAGGUGGGAGAAUAGUACCAAGGUUUCAAGAGUUGACACCUGAAAAACUUGGCAAGGCUGGUAUAGUUCGGGAGAAGUCUUUUGGUACUACAAAGGACAGAAUGAUAUACAUUGAACAUUGUGCAAAUUCAAGGGCAGUAACUAUAUUCAUCCGUGGUGGCAACAAGAUGAUGAUAGAGGAGACGAAACGUAGUAUCCAUGAUGCUUUAUGCGUUGCUAGAAAUCUUAUUCGCAACAAUUCAAUUGUUUAUGGUGGUGGUUCAGCAGAGAUUUCUUGCUCAAUUGCUGUGGAAGCGGCUGCUGAUAAACAUCCAGGAGUUGAGCAGUAUGCAAUCAGGGCAUUUGCUGAUGCUUUGGAUUCUGUCCCAAUGGCACUUGCUGAGAACAGUGGUCUGCAGCCCAUUGAAACUCUAUCUGCUGUUAAGGCUCAGCAAAUUAAGGAGAACAAUCCAUGCUGUGGAAUAGACUGCAAUGAUGUUGGCACAAAUGACAUGCGGGAGCAAAAUGUCUUCGAGACUUUAAUUGGGAAGCAACAACAGAUAUUGCUUGCAACUCAGGUUGUCAAGAUGAUUCUAAAGAUUGAUGACGUGAUUUCUCCAUCUGAGUAUUGAUGUUAAGUACGAGAAUGCUAAAUUUUUCUUUGACUAAAGAGGAGGUGAAUGUUUUCCUUUUUCACUAUGCCAACCCAUAAGUUUUGUUGGGUGAAAUUUUCAUGAUCUUAUCUUUGGUUUCUAUGUUGUGUAUUUGAGUACAGCUUGUUGGUUGAUGAACUGUACUCAUUCAAUGGUUUUCAAUUUGAUUGAUGAUGAUCAGUGUCUGUCACGGUAUGCUCUAUCAAAAGCUUAUCUUUUGCUGGUCUCA